AACCCGAACAUAAUCUGGCCUCGCGUGGAUUGCCGUUUUCCCCCUGUUGGGGGGGGGGGGGGGAGAGUAUCAGCCCCUGAUUAUAUUCUUACCCCGUGCUCUCAACACGUGCUCUCCCUCCGCGACCUGUUGUGCUGCUUACGCAGACGUUGCGGCUGGUUUCGUGCGCCUCCCGUUGUGCUUCGCUGUCACCACUGCUUCUCGUUGCCUCGCGUUUCUGUCUACAUCACACUACCUUACAAAACGUCCGUACGAUCACACCGUCUUCCACGAUGUCCGGUGUGUACACAAAGAUUUAUCCCGACGUAGCCUUCGACUCCUUGGAGGACGACGCGCUUGCCGUCGAGCUGCGGCGCGUGGCCGAGGCCGAGCUGGGCGAGACGCCGGCGAAGAGGCGGGAGGCGCUCGCAACGCUCACUCAGCUCUUGCAAGCUGAACCGGGUCUCAAGGCCAACAUGGACGAGGAAUUCCUGCUCCGGUUUCUGCGUGUCCGGAAGUACAAGGUGGAGUCGGCCCUGCAGACCAUCAAGAACUACUACAGGAAUCGGGCUUCCACCGAGUCCCUUUACCGCGAUUUCCUACCCUGCAAUGUACCACCGGCGGCUCGAAAGAUUGUCAUGAUACUGCCAGACAAAGACGUCCACGGGCGGCCGGUAUUGCUCGUGAAACCAGGUUCAUGGGUGCUCGACGAAGUGUCCUAUUUGGAUCUCCAUAGGGCCGGCCUGUUCUGCUUGGAACACUUGGCCCGUGACCCCGCUGCGCAGGUCCUAGGAAUAGUGCUACUCGUGGACUAUGGCGGAUUUACGAUGGACAAGCUUUUGUACGUCAGCAUCAGUCUCUUCAGAAAGGGUCUGGAAUAUCUGCAGCGUUGUAUGCCGAUGCGGUUGAAGGCAGCUCACAACGUUAGACAGUCGUACGCUUUCCACGUGUUCCUCACUCUCAUCAGGCCAUUCAUCAAACAGAAGCUAGCAGAAAGGAUACGCCUACAUGGACACAAUUUUGAAAGUCUCCACGCUGAAAUCUCGCCCAUGGCAUUGCCCGAGGAAUACGGGGGUCAGCGACCACCGCUGGAUCCCGAGGAGUGCUGGAAGGCUGUGGAUGCCGACAAGGAUUACUUCGCGGCCUGUAGCCGCUAUGGAUUUGCGACGAACGACGAGGGCGGCCUUCCUGCAGAACCCGAGCCACAGCUGCAGCUCACGUCCUUGUCUGUUUACAGACGUUGCGUUGCUGCUGGGCAACACACUACGUGCGCCUCCCGUUGUGCUUCGCUGGCACCACUGCUUGUCGUUGCCUCGCAUUUCUUUCUGCAUCACAGUCUCUUAUCAAACGUCCGUACGCUCACGCCGUCUUCCACGAUGUCCGGUGUGUACACAAAGAUUUAUCCCGACGUAGCCUUCGACUCAUUGGAGGACGACGCACUUCCCGUCGAGCUGCGGCGCGUGGCCGAGGUCGAGCUGGGCGAGACGCCGGCGAAGAGGCGGGAGACGCUCGCAACGCUCACUCAGCUCUUGCAAGCUGAACCAGAUCUCAGGGCAAAUAAGGAUGCCCAGUUCCUGUUGCGUUUCCUGAGGGUCCGCAAGUACAACGUGGACGCGGCUCAGAAAACUAUACGCAAUUACUACAAGAACAGAGCAUCCUGUCCUUCCCUGUACAACACAUUUCUGCCUCACAAUGCACCGCCAGAGGGCCGCAAGCUCGUUAUGGUGUUGCCUGAGAAAGACGUGCACGGGCGCCCCGUUCUUCUAUGCAAACCGGGUGCAUGGAUAACAAGCGAGCUUUCUUACGAGGAUUUCCAUCGGACCUGGCUCCUGUGUAUGGAACAUCUAGCGUCCAAUCCAGCAGCACAAGUUGUAGGAGUGGCGCUGCUGUUAGACUACGCCGGAUUCACGCCCGACAAAGUUUUGUCUCUAAGACCGGGUCUCUUGAGACGAGCAGUGGAAUACGUUCAGGACUGCAUGCCGAUGAGAAUGAAGGCGGCACACAUUGUGAGGCAACACUAUGCCUUCGAUAUGCUUUUCGCCAUCAUCAGGCCUUUCAUAAAGGCCAAACUAGCCGAAAGGGUUCACCUGCAUGGGGCAAACUUUGAAAAGCUCCACGAACACAUCUUGCCGAGAAACCUUCCCGCAGAGUAUGGCGGCCAGGCUCCACCCCUUGACCAUGACAGAUUCUGGAAGCAAGUGGACGACGAAGAAGAAGAUUUCGUUGUCGCAAAUCGUUUCGGCUACUCCUCGAAAAGCCAAGACGAUCCGCCUGACAACACAGAGAAGCAGAAGGAAUUCACGCAAUUGUGAUGACUGGGCGAAGCAAAACGUCCUUGGACAUCUCUUUUGUCAGUGAAAAAUGCCAACUGUGAUAAGUGAAAGAUUUAAACGCGGAUGAACAGCGUUUAUGCAUCUUGUAAUGUGCAUCACGCUACCCACCCAUACAUAUUUGCUAUUGUUUGUACUUACACUUGCGUUUCCUUAUAACGUGAAAAAGAUCUAAGUGUCCUUUUGUAUAAUCUAAUAAAACGCAGCAGCCAAUAAGGACACUAAAAAUACAAAAAUGCCUCAAUAGAAUCUCUGUUCAAUGACUGCGUUUAACACCAAAUACUUCCUGUGUAUUUUGUGGGUGUUUUUUAAGUUCUAGAAGCAGCACAACAGUUUCAGUUUCUGAUAUUUCAAUGGCACGGCCUCGGCUGUUCUUGAAUUACCAGGAACAAGAAUGAUAUUUUGCAGGUUACGACCUGCAAAAUAUCAUUCUUGUUCCUUGUUAAUAGCCUGCAUAGCGCCAUGCAGGCUCAAAUAGCAACAAUCAAAACUGCUGUCUUGACUGACGUACCGAAUGCACAAAAAGGCCCACCAGCAGCUGUACCUUAUUGUGAGAAACGUUCCAACUUUGGCAAUCCCACGCUGCGUCGCGCUUCCGUGG